CCGCCCACUGGGCCGCCGUCUCGCGCCGUCAGGACCCGGAGCCUCUGCGCUUGGGACGAGUCCGGCGGAGGCGCCCGACGCGCGGUCAGGAUGUCAGGGCGCACGGGUGCUGCCAAGAUGCUCCACAGCCCCUGCUCCGCCCUCCUGCUCUGGGGGCUCCUGGGGGCCGUCCACGCCCAGCAGCAGGAGGUCAUCGCCCCAGGCACCUCCGACAGGAACAGCUGCCCAGAGAAGGCCGACUGCCCGAUCCACGUGUACUUCGUGCUGGACACGUCGGAGAGCGUCACCAUGCAGUCCCCCACCGACAGCCUGCUCUCCCACAUGCAGCAGUUCGUGCUGCAGUUCAUCAGCCAGCUGCAGGACGAGCUCUACCUGGACCAGGUGGCCCUGAGCUGGCGCUACGGCGGCCUGCACUUCUCCGACCUGGUGGAGGUGUUCAGCCCGCCGGGCAGCGACCGGGCCUCCUUCACCAAGAGCCUGCAGAGCAUCAGCUCCUUCCGCCGGGGCACCUUCACUGACUGCAUGCUGUCCAACAUGACCCAGGAGGUCCGGCGGCACGUGGGCAAGGUGAAGGUCAACUUCGCCGUGGUCAUCACCGACGGCCACGUCACCGGCAGUCCCUGCGGGGGCAUCAAGCUGCAGGCCGAGCGGGCCCGGGAGGAGGGCAUCCGGCUCUUCGCGGUGCCCCCCAACCUGCAGCUGAACGAGCAGGGCCUGCGGGACAUCGCCAGCACGCCGCACGAGCUCUACCGCAACAACUACGCCACCAUGCGCUCCGACUCCACGGAGAUCGACCAGGACACCAUCAACCGCAUCAUCAAGGUCAUGAAACAUGAAGCCUACGGAGAGUGCUACAAGGUGAGCUGCCUGGAGAUCCCGGGGCCCCCCGGCCCAAAGGGCUACCGCGGCCAGAAGGGUGCCAAGGGCAACAUGGGUGAGCCCGGAGAGCCUGGACAGAAGGGGCGACAGGGAGAUCCAGGCAUCGAAGGCCCCAUUGGAUUCCCAGGACCCAAGGGGGUUCCUGGUUUCAAAGGAGAGAAGGGCGAGUUUGGAGCCGAUGGGAGGAAGGGCGCCCCCGGCCUGGCCGGCAAGAACGGGACCGAUGGUCAGAAGGGCAAGUUAGGGCGCAUCGGCCCUCCUGGCUGCAAGGGCGACCCCGGCGAUCGGGGCCCCGACGGUUACGUGGGGGAAGCGGGCAGCCCCGGAGAGCGAGGAGACCAAGGCGCCAAGGGGGAUGCUGGCCGCCCAGGACGCAGAGGACCCCCGGGGGAAAACGGGGCAAAAGGAAGCAAGGGUUACCAAGGCAACAACGGAUCCCCGGGAAGUCCGGGCGUGAAGGGGGCCAAGGGCGGGCCUGGGCCCCGAGGACCCAAAGGCGAGCCGGGGCGCAGGGGAGACCCUGGAACCAAGGGCGGCCCGGGCAGCGAUGGUCCCAAGGGCGAGAAGGGGGACCCUGGCCCUGAGGGCCCCCGGGGCCUGGCUGGAGAGGUCGGCAGCAAAGGAGCCAAGGGAGACCGAGGCCUGCCUGGACCCAGAGGCCCCCAGGGAGCUCUUGGAGAGCCCGGGAAGCAGGGAUCUCGGGGAGACCCUGGCGAUGCUGGUCCCCGCGGAGACUCAGGACAGCCUGGCCCCAAGGGAGACCCCGGCAGGCCUGGAUUCAGCUACCCGGGCCCCCGAGGAGCACCCGGAGAGAAAGGCGAGCCUGGCCCCCCUGGCCCCGAGGGGGGCAGAGGUGACUUUGGCUCCAAAGGAAGACCGGGGACAAAAGGCCAGAAGGGCGAGCCUGCGGAUCCUGGUCCCCCUGGUGAGCCAGGCCCCCGGGGGCAGAGAGGAGCCCCAGGACCAGAGGGAGAGCCUGGCCCCCCAGGAGACCCUGGCCUCACGGAGUGCGACGUCAUGACCUACGUGAGGGAGACCUGUGGAUGCUGUGACUGUGAGAAGCGCUGCGGCGCCCUGGACGUGGUGUUCGUCAUCGACAGCUCUGAGAGCAUCGGCUACACCAACUUCACCCUCGAGAAGAACUUCGUCAUCAACGUGGUCAACAGGCUGGGGGCCAUCGCCAAGGACCCCAAGUCGGAGACGGGGACCCGCGUGGGUGUCGUGCAGUACAGCCACGAGGGCACCUUCGAAGCCAUCCAGCUGGACGACGAGCGCAUCGACUCGCUGUCCAGCUUCAAGGAGGCCGUCAAGAACCUCGAGUGGAUCGCCGGCGGCACCUGGACGCCCUCGGCGCUCAAGUUCGCCUACAACAAGCUCAUCAAGGAGAGCCGGCGCCAGAAGACGCGCGUGUUCGCCGUGGUCAUCACCGACGGCCGCCACGACCCCCGGGACGAUGACCUCAACCUGCGCGCGCUGUGCAACCACGACGUCACGGUGACGGCCAUCGGCAUCGGGGACAUGUUCCACGAGAAGCACGAGAGCGAGAACCUGUACUCCAUCGCCUGCGACAAGCCGCAGCAGGUGCGAAACAUGACGCUCUUCUCCGACCUGGUGGCGGAGAAGUUCAUCGACGACAUGGAGGACGUCCUGUGCCCAGACCCCCAGAUCGUGUGCCCCGACCUUCCCUGCCAAACAGAUGGAGCGUGGCCUGGCGGCGAGCCCCCGGUCGCCUUCCUCCGCACGGAAGAGGGCCCGGACGCCCCCUUCCCCAAGACCAUCCCCCUGAUCCAGCAGUUGCUAAACGCCACGGAGCUCACGCAGGACCCAGCCGCCUACUCCAGGCUGGUGGCCGUGCUGGUCUACACCGCGGAGCGGGCCAAGUUCGCCACGGGAGGCGAGCGGCAGGACUGGAUGGACCUGUUCAUUGACACCUUUAAGCUGGUGCACAGGGACAUCGUGGGGGACCCCGAGACCGUGCUGGCGCUCUGCUGAAGCCAUGGGGCACAGCCCCACCCGGCUGCGUUAGCUCCCAGGGGCUGCCCACCUUAUGCUGUGGGGCUUAAGGCGGCAGGAAGCUAUUCCCAGUCCGGAGGCCAGAAGUCCAAAAGCAAGGUGGCCCUGGGCCGCGCACCCUCUGGACCUCCAGGGGAGGGUCCUUCCUGCCUCUCCAGCUCCUGCCUCUGCCUCUGUGGUCACAGGGCCUUCCCCUUCAUAGCCCAGCCUCUCCUUCUCUCCCCUACAGGGACGCUUGUGGUAUUUAGGACCCGGUAAUCCAGGGUGGCCUCCCCACUCGAAGGCUGUAACUUAAUCCCACCUGCAGAGUCCCCUUGUCAUCUGAGGUUGUGGCCACAGGCUCCAGGAUUAGGACGCAGGCAUCCUUCGGGCGCCAUCAUAGCCAAAAGGAAGAGCAGAGCCUCAUAAACAACCCCAGGCUCCCGCUUCACCUCUGGCCUCUGUGCCCGGUUCCCCCCGUGCGUUUCUCUGGGCUCCUAGGUUGAUACAUUGAGGAAAACGCUCCCCAAACCUGCAGCCCCUGCAUGUCUGGCUCUGCUCACAGGGGUGUCACAGUCCAGGGGCAUAUGGGGAGCUUGCCAGGCAGCGCCAGCCCCAAGCUGUGUGGGUCCUCUGCACCGCCGCCAAAAUAAGCCGCCCCAUGAAUAAGCUCCUUAAAACAUGAAAAACCACCUGCCAGAAGCCCUGGCUUUCUCUGCGGGUGGCCUGGUGCUCGGGGCCACAUGCCCGGGAGUGUCCCUCGGGGGCUACGAGCACAUCUCGAAUGUUCUAUAAACGCUGACAAGCAGGGAGUGCGAAUGCG